AGUUAAUGGAAGCAGAGGUUUGUUGGAAUGCUAAUGGUUAGCUCAUCAACCCCAACGCCAAUCUAACCCUAUUUAUUGCGCCACAAAAUCUUGUUCAGUUCCAUUCCGCCAUCAUCAAAUCUCAAUCAGCUUCCAACCUAAUUCGCAUCUGCAUUUCAGCAGCACCAAUCAUCCUGGUUUCGUUGUGUGUGUUUCGGGAGAAUUUCGAAGAAAAAAGAUGAAGGUGAUUGUGACGACUCGGAGCGGCCGGGAGUUAAUCAAGGGAGGAAUUGAUAUAGGCGAUUCGGCAACUGUUGCUGAUCUGCAGGAGGCGAUUCACAAACGAACUAAAAAAUACUAUCCGUCCAGGCAGCGAUUGACUCUCCCUCUCCCGUCCGGCCUCAAGGAGAGGCCGACUGUUCUUAACCCCCAAAAGAAUCUGAAAGACUAUGCCGAUGGAAACAAAGACGAGUUAACUGUAGCUUUCAAGGAUCUCGGGCCGCAAGUUAAGUACAGCACUCUUUUCUUCUGGGAGUACUUAGGCCCUCUGAUCAUCUUCCCGAUCUUCUACCACUAUCCCAUCUACAAAUUAUUCGGCUACAACGAGAAACGCGUCAUGCAUCCAGCCCAGACGUACGCUAUGUACUACUGGUGCUUCCACUACUUCAAACGGAUAAUGGAAACUUUCUUCGUGCACCGUUUCAGCCACGCGACGUCGCCUAUUAGCAACGUGUUUCGGAACUGCGCUUAUUACUGGACGUUCGGCGCCUGGGUAGCCUAUUUUGUGAACCACCCGAAGUAUACGCCGGUGGAUGAUCUCCAAAUGAAGAUUGGCUUUGCCUUCGGGUUACUUUGCCAAGUUUCGAACUUUUACUGCCAUAUACUUCUGCGUAAUCUCCGGGGCCCCGGCGGGAGUGGUGGAUACCAAAUCCCGCGUGGCUUUUUGUUCAACAUUGUCACCUGCGCAAACUAUACGACGGAGAUUUAUCAGUGGCUCGGCUUCAAUAUCGCGACGCAGACCAUUGCAGGUUACGUAUUUAUGGUUGUUGCCGCUUCCAUUAUGACCAACUGGGGCCUCGCCAAGCACCGCCGACUGAAGAAGAUCUUCAAUGGGGAAGAUGGGAGGCCAAAAUACCCCCGGCGAUGGGUGAUUCUACCGCCGUUCCUGUAGAUGCAACGACUCGGGUACGGUUCUUGCUGCAUAAGGUCUUGUUCUAACGUUAUGGUGAUUGAAUGCAUUUUCGAUUAUUAAGUAUUGUUGCUAUUGGAUAUGUUAGGUCGAGAACUUAAUGUCUUAUUGUUUCUUGAUAUGGAACAUAUUUGUCGAUU